AUUCUCUGUGUAGAAGAGGAGAACCCUGACAGGCAGCUUCUCAUAGCUCCAGCAGCACACAGAUAGCCGCAGACAUGUGGCUUUAUGUUGUAGCCGGGAUCAUCUUCAUCUUCAUCGUCCUGAAGUCAUGGCUGGGAAACCGGGGUCCUAAUCCAUUUGCUGUGGACACCAGGAGACCCCCAGGACCUGUCGUGUUCGAUAAGGCAAUGAAGAGGAAAGUGAUUAAGAAUGUUUUCUCUCCUGAAAAAGUUCCGGAAAAGCUGGAUGCCAUAGUUAUCGGUAGUGGAAUUGGCGGACAGGGAGUAGCUGCCAUCUUGGCCAGAGCUGGAAAACGGGUGCUGGUACUGGAGCAACUGGGAAAACUCGGCGGCUGCUGCCACACCUUCAAUGAGAAGGGCUAUGAGUUUGAUGUGGGUAUUCAUUACAUUGGUCAGUUGAAUAAAGAGUCUCCAUUUCGGAUUUUGGUGGACCAGCUGACAGAUGGGCAGCUGCAGUGGUCUUUAAUGGACAAUCCAUUUGAUGUGGUGGUGCUGGGGGAUCCCAAAAAUGGCCGUCGGUAUAACAUGAGAACUGGGGCAGAAGCCUAUACUGAUGAACUGAAAAAAGCGUUUCCGGGAGAGGAGAAGGCGAUAGAAAAUUUUAUGAAGCUGGUUAAGAAAGUAUCUGGCCGGACGCAAGACAUGGUCAUCCUGAAGAUGCUCCCUUUGCCAAUCUCCCGCUUCUUGUGUCGUACUGGUUUGGUGAAUCGGUUCUCCCCGUUUUUCCGCUAUGCUUCACGCAGUGUGUCUGAGGUUGUCGGCGAAUUCACCAAGAAUAAAGAAUUACAGACUGUACUCAGCUACAUAUUCGGGACAUACGGUGUGUUCCCAAACAAGGCCAGCUUUUCCCUACAUUCCAUUCUGAUCGAACAUUACCUGCGUGGAGCCUGGUAUCCAACUGGUGGUGCCAGUGAAAUCACUUACCACCUCGUGCCCACAAUUGUGAAGGCUGGAGGAGCUGUUCUAUCAAGAGCAACUGUGGAGCAGAUCCUGGUAAAUGGUGACAAAAGAGCUUGUGGUGUCAGUGUCAGAGGGAAGGGUAUGGACCCCAUGAAUAUUUUUGCACCUAUUGUAAUUACCGAUGCUGGGAUCUUUAACACAUACGAGAAGCUUCUACCUCCUGAGAUUAAGUCAAUGCCAGAGAUCCAGUCUCAGCUGGGCAUGUUUCAACAUGGAAAAGGGGGAUUCAGUCUCUUUGUUGGGCUUAAAGGCAAUAAAGAAGAACUCAACCUUCCUGCCUCAAACUACAUCUACAUUCCGGACACAGACCUGCAGAAACUGGAGAAAAACUAUUACAAUGCUUCUGUUGACGAUGCUCCACAGCAUCUUCCAAUGUUAUAUAUUUCCUCCCCUUCUGCUAAAGAUCCGACCCAUGAGGAACGAUGUCCAGGAAAAUCCACUCUGACCGCACUGACAUUCACACCUUACGAGUGGUUUGAGGAGUGGAAGAAUAAGAAGGUACAGAAACGAGGACAAGACUAUGAGAGUGUGAAGAAUGCAUUUGCUGAGGCCAUGUUGGAGACCACCAUCCAGCUCUUCCCUCAAAUUAAAGACAAGAUUGACUGCUACACCAGCGGAUCUCCUCUAACUAAUGAACAUUACCUUGGUGCCCCACGAGGAGAGUUUUAUGGAGCAGAACAUGAUAUUGCCAGGAUGAGCCCUGAAACUGCGCUCGCCAUUAGACCUGAAACUCCCAUCAAGGGCCUUUACCUGACAGGUCAAGAUCUUCUUCUAUGUGGAUUUGCUGGGGCUCUAAAUGCAGCAGUUAUAUGCGCCUCUGAAAUCUUAGGACGCAACCUCUUUAUAGAUCUCAUGAAACUACGACGACAGGUCUUGCAAAACAAGUCUAAAAAGGCUGAAUAGUUGAUGGGACCCCAAAACUGCUGCAAAGGGAAAUGUUAAAAGGGACCUUGAAAAUAGGACUGACUAAAAAAAAAAUGGGCAUAAACUGGACAUGUCCAUUGGGAGUUACAUGAAGGGGCUUGUGCUACCUAUGCUAUGGUAAAAUCCCAAUCUUUCUUGAGCUGUAGACUGUAUGGGCUGUAAAUCCAUACAAAAGAAAAGGGACAGUGUUAUGGAGCUUCAGAACAAGAGGUGUCAUUUGGAAGCCAUUAUAAUUGUUAGCUUUUUGCACUGGAUAUGUUUAUCAGACUUUACAAUACUACUAUAUUGAUUACAGCCAUCUGUAUUAUAUGACUUUAUGCCGAUAAAUAUGGUGACUUGACUGCUCUGGGUUUGGCAUAGUCUUCUAAAGACCCAGCUAGGCCUAUAUUAGAUGACACAAUGCACUUCAGUGUAAGUCUGUAGGGACUUGCACAUUUCAAGACCUUCUGCUCAGAAUGACUGUAACUUCUGUCAUCUCAUGUUCUUUUAGUAAAUCAUUUCAUUAAAUAUAACAUAACAAUGCUGGCUGUGUCCCCACAGUCCAUUGUGCAUUAUGUGCCCUCAGUGCUAAAUGAUAUAGAGAUAGGAACUGCUUAUGUAAAAUAUAUUCAUUUAUUAAUUUCCAGGAUGAAUAACAGAGGAACAAUACAAUAAUAGAACAGUAGAAUUCUAAGACUAAGAUGACCCAGAUUUGUUGUAUGGGGAAUGCAAAGAUUUACUAAAACAGACAUGUCAUGGAGCUGAAGGCUCCUCUUUAGGACAGCGGAAGCCAUCAUACAUUUUGGGUUAAUGUGCCUUGACCAUGGUCUAAAUCUCUUGGCCAUAAUCACUAUCCACCCCAGGUCUUAGUGCUUUAUAAAUGUAAACCCUUCCUACACAGUCAUACAUGCUGCUAGCAGGGUCUAGUAGGCUUCCGGUCAAUUUUACACUGACAUAGACCUAAUAUACUGUAAUACAGAUCACAUAGCUAGUUGUACUAAAAAAAAAUGGAUAGAAAAUAUAAAAAAAGGUUAAAAAGAAUGUUACCACAAUAUUUUAAUAGGAGGAAAAGUAAAAAUAAUAAGAAAUAAUAAAAAUCUAUACACAAUUGGUAUCUCUACAUAAUGUGAAUGCCAUAAACAAAACAAAAAAUAGAUACUGGAAUAAAAUCUUCAUUAAGAAGUCCUAUAUACCUGAAAAUGGAACAAAUAAAAACUACAAAGCUUUGCAAAAACAGUAAAACCUAAAGAUUGUAUAAGGCCAUGUUCAAAUAUAGGGGAGAUUUAUCAAAAUCUGUUCGGAGGAAAAGUUGCCCAUAGCAACCAAUCAGAUCGCUUCUUAUAGUUUGCAGAUGCCUUUUAAAAAAAUGAAAGAAGCGAUCUGAUUGGUUUCUAUGGGCAACUCAGCAACUUUUCCUCUAAUCAGGUUUUGAUAAAUCUCCCCCAUUGUAUUUUGGUCACCAAAAGACAGCAGAGGAACUAACAUGUUUCCAAAGACCACUGAUGGUGGCUGGACACGUUUAGUGGAAAUGUCCCCCAAUAUAUUCCUUUUGGAGUAAAGUCAUUGAUAUGGAGUAAAGUCAAGACUACAAGCAAGGCAAUUCCUAAGCCCCCCUUCUCCCGUCUAUACUUCCGGUUUCCUCAAUCUCUUUAUAGAUUACACUUAGGAGUGGUAAGAACUAGUAUAUUAAGACUAUGAAAGAAUGUUGUAAACCCCCCCCCCCCCCCCCUCUGUUUUCUUUAAUGGUUUUAGGAAAUUAACCAUUUACAUAGAAUGGAGAAUCAGUAAUUGAUGGCCGUCAAUAAUAUUUGCCCAGAAAAACCCUUUUACUAGCCAAACUAGAUAAUUUCCCUAAAGGGUUAAUUUAUUCAAAGUGCCUUACUGUCCCUGGCGAUGUCCCGGCACAUAUCAUUGUUGGUUUUCAUUGACUUUUAUGGAUCCCAGCAGUCACGAUUGUAUUAGAUUGCCCAAAACUUGCAACUAGUUUCAACUUCCGGACCGCUGGUGUAUUGCUGAGUGAAAAAUGAUGUAAAUAGAAAAACAUUUUAUAACAGUUGUUUAAAUGGUCACAAUGGGAAAUUUCUUAUUUACAUAUAAUUAUUUACUAAUGAAAAUCUCACUCAAAAUUCUUUAUAUUAAUAAAAAUGAUAAUAAUAAUGGACAUUGUUAGAUUGUGUGUUCCUUCUUGUAUACAUGAUGCUCCUCAGAAAGGCCCUUAGGCCUAUUGUUGUGCUGCGGCUUUGUGCUAAAAAAAAAUCUCCCAUUAUUUUACACUCAAUACCCAUAAUGAGAAUGUAAAAACAGAAAUAUUUGCAAAUAAACAGAUUUAAACAGAUAUAACUUCCUAUGGUCUAUAAGUAUUCAGACCCUUUGCUACGACACUUGAAAUUUAGCUCUGGCUCCUCCUAUUUCUCUUGAUCAUCUCUGAGAUGUUUCUUCACACUGAUCGGAGUCUCCUGUGGUAAAUUCAGGUGAUUGGACAUGAAUUGAGAAGACACAGCCCUGUCUAUAGGGUCUCACAGCUGACAAUGUAUAUCAGAGCAAAGUCCAAGCCAUGAGGGAGAAAGAACUGCCGGUAGAGCUCAGAGACAAGAUUGCGUGGAGACAGAUCUAGAGAAGGGGACAAAACAUUUCUGCUGCACUGAAAGUUCCCAGAAGCACAGUG